GCCCCGGUAAUUAUAGCAGGGAUGCUGGUGACGACAGUUUGUCCCAUCGAGACUUCAAAUGCUGGAAUAAGUUUGACAAUAUGAUAUUUGACCUCCGCCCCACGUAAACACCCGGGAGCGGUAUAAAGUGUGGGUACCCCGGCUGGAACAGAAGUUGUUUACCCUUUAGCUCAACGCUCCCCGAGGAGGAGGACAAGGGGAUCCUUUAAAUUCAACCCCUGAGGUUUUUUUUUUUUUUUUUUACGUAACACAGUGGAGGCAAAAGCGAGGGGGACGCAGCGGAGAGAGGGCAGUUGAAAAUAAUUGGCGAGCAGGAACGGUUGAAAGGACCGAAGAGACCAGGGACUAGACUGAGGAGUUACACCCGAGGGCAGAUAUAACUUUUACGUAGAGUGUUUCCAGGCCAUUAAUCCUUCUGCCCCUUGCUUGCAACCCUUUGGUGACCUUUGACCGAAAAGUGAAAGGGGGGGGAAGUCAUUUGAAAGAGUGUCUGGCUAUUAAGCAGCCUGUCAUGGCAGCUAUAGAUCUGGAGCGAGGGCUUGAGCACAGUGGUUGUGGCUGGGGGCAAGAGAGACCAGAGCUGAUGGACAACUUCGACUCGGAGAUGCAGGAGUGGGAGGACCAGCUGCAGGACAUCCAGAGGAAAAUCGAAGAGCUGUACAAUGAAGUUCAGGCCCGCAGAGGAGCAAACGAUAUCGCCGCUGACAACCAGAAAAAUGGCACCCCGUUGGAGUGUGGCCUGGGUCACCAUGGCAAUGGCCUUUUUGUGCCUGACCAUCACAGAGAGAGCCACACUAGAGCUAUAACUGUGCCACAUCACUAUAGUAACGGCUGCAGCUCCAGUGGGUACAGCUACCCUGUGUCUCAUCAGAACGGCUACGGUUUCUGCCACGCCAACAGCGUCUCAGAGAUUGGCGACCUGCUGCAGGAUUAUUUGGGGGCAGGGAAACAAAUGGGCCGGAAGAACAAUGGAGCUCGCCACGUGCGCUUCAGUGACACAAUCAAAGUGAGCCAGGACAUCGCUGCAUGCCAGGGUGAGAUUGAAAGAGGAUCUGGAGAUAAAAGGCUUGGUAAAGAACAGUUUUUCGGCAGUUUCGAGGAGACUGAAAACAGAAAGAACAGAGUGUCUCACAUGAGAAACUCCCCCUGCAGAGAGAGUUCCCCCAACAAAGAAAACUCAGCCAAGCCCCCUCUUGGACAAAGGGAUGCUCCUGCGCAAGCACGCUCGCAACUCCAAGGGACUGCAGAAUCUCCCGCUCUGGACAGGAAGUCCUUCAGUGCAGGUGUCAUGGGUGACAGGAAAUGCAGCAGCCCCUCUGUUCUCAGGAAGUUUGGAGCCAUGCUGCAGGAGAAUGAAGGUAAAAUGCUGACAGAAUCUGGAGUGGUUACCCAUCGGGGGCAAGCUCCAGAAGCAAAGUGUCCCACUCCCAGCUGUCAGCGCAGAACUCUGGGAGCCGCUGCAGUCGCCGGCAGGUUGCCCACCCGCGUGCCUACCCAGAAGUGCCAAACGGAUUCUGACGUGCUGACAGCAGAGAUAGAGCCCAGCCAAGAUCGGGGGUUAGCAUUAGACCCUGGAAGGCAGAACUACAAGGAUCAAAGAGGAGGGUACAGCAGUUCCAAAGGAUCCCAGUCUGGUCCCCAGCAGUCUCAGAGGAGAUCACAGGUGGCAGGGAGCCCAAAGAUUAGACCCAGAGCUCACAGUGGGGCAGACAGAGAUGGAGAACUGGCUCGAGAGAAAUCAAGAAAGGCUACAGUGGAGCAAGCGGAGCCCAAAAUGGAGCACAGGGUUUCAAGUGCUCCCUCUGUAAUCCAUAGGGGAAUGUUAUCAGGACAGGAGUCGACUCGUUAUGGCCAGUUGAGGGAUGAAGGACUCAUUGAACUGCUGGACAUGCUGGAGAUCCAACACGAGUACAGCUCCAAUCCCAGAACAGGAUACAAACCCUACAGACAGGAGCCACAACAGACAAACCAAGCUGAGUUGUCACCAGCCACGCCUAAGAAGAGCUUCUCUCGCCCUGCACGGCCGGCCAACCAGCGACCUCCUUCCAGAUGGGCCAGCCGCACCCCUCCUGCCAGAAUCACCGCCCCCUCAGGCCCAAUCUACCGCCCACCAAGCCCACUCACUCACCCCCCUAGCCCCAUGACCAGAACCCCAAGCCCUGCCAUGAAGCACCGGCUUCUUAUUUCUUACUCUCUUCCUACUGAGACCGUCAUUAUGUAAUAGUUCCAUUCGAACUGAGCUUGUUCCCUUCCUCUUUUUUUGUAAAUAAUUUCUAUCAAACAAGAGCGCUUCGUUUUUGUUGUGAGAUAAAACACAUCCACUACAUUCUCCAGUGCUGCUGUGGCUUUUAAAUCCUUCUGUGCCUAAACUUUGCCAACACAUCACCAUAUCGGCUUUGUUGUAAUCCUGCAUCGUAUCUAUAAACUUCUUUAUUUUAUUUUUUUUUGUAUUGAAUUUCAGGUGUUUUCUGUGUAACGUGACGAAGCAUGCAGCCCUGUUUUGAGGGUGCAUGCCCGUGUGUUUGAUCCUUACGGCUGCUGUAUUAUCGACCGUUCUCCGUUCUUCCAGCGGCCACUCCUCUAACUGUCAACAACAGUGUGUUGUACUGUAUCACAUUGUCAAAAUAUAUUUAAGAUGUCGAAAUAACAGCUGUGACAAAUGACUAUAAUAUGCCUUUAAUGUCUUUUUUUCUUGGUAAUAAAUAUGACAGUGCUUUGACAUAAA